CUCCGCAUAUCAGUCUCGCGCUCCGUAAGCAGACGGUGAGAAGAUUGAGAUUGACGGCCACUGUCUUUACUUGGAACCUGUACUCUACGUCGAGGACGUAUUUAAAAACAGGGAAACAAACAUUUCAGUGGAGAAGCUGAACUAUCAAACAAUUUGACGUGCGAGAACAACCAAAAGGAACAUUGCUUCGGGCGCGUCUUAAAAAAAUAUACAAAUUAAACGGUGAUAGAAGAUAUCAAUGUAACAUAUCUGUCAAUUUGUAAUACUGUCACGUCCACAGCUGUCUUUGCAUGCAGGGCAUGUUUCCUCGCAGGGGUCGAUCAACCACGCUGUUCUUUUCCACGUCUAGUGCCUGUCAGCCUACGGUCUAGACUUUUCCGAGCACCGGUGGAUCACCAGCCGUGACGAUGGGAGGAAACCUAGGGUGCCACCGGUCCAUCCCUAAAGACCCCUCAGAUGUUGGUCACAGCAAGCGUAAAUUCAGCGCGGCUUGUAACUUCAGCAAUAUACUAGUCAACCAGGAGCGGUUGAAUAUCAAUACGGCAACCGAGGAGGAACUGAUGACUUUACCGGGGGUGAACCGCACCGUCGCUCAGAAUAUUGUGGAAUAUCGUGACUGUAUAGGGGGAUUUAAAAAGGUGGAAGACUUGGCACUAGUUAGCGGGAUAGGGGCUACGAAAUUAGAGAUGAUCAAACUAGAAAUAUGCGUCUCGAGUCGGACAAGCUCAUCCCAGCACUCUCCGUCGUCGCUGCGUAAAGACAUGGAGCACCUGUCGUGUACAGGUAUGAACAUCAACACCGCGACCCCUGCUCAACUCAUGAGCAUCCGUGGCAUCACGGAAAAAAUGGCCAAGAACAUAGUAGAGUAUCGUGUCGAGAAUGGCCCGUUUAAAAGCAUUGAAGAUCUGGUGAGGGUCAACUACAUCAACUCCUCCCUAUUGGACAAAAUCCGUUUCCAAGUUUUUGUUGAACGAUCCAGAACACCUUCCACAAACACAAACGGCGGGUUGACGUACACCACAAAAUCUCACCCGAGCCCGACCUCUUUCAGUCUUCGAAGUGAUGAUCUUGACCUUCCGCCUGGUGGGCCAACGCAGAUCCUGUCGGUGCGGCCUAACGUAGAGCCUCUGUGCGGGUUGCGAGACGGAAGAGCGGUGGUGCGAGUAGCAACCUGGAACUUGCAGUCCUGUUCCUGUGAGAAGGCUAACAAUCCAGGAGUGAAGGAGGUCGUGUGUAUGACACUUUUGGAGAACGACAUCAAGUUACUGGCCGUUCAGGACCUACUGGACCGGGAGGCCCUGGACAAGUUCUGUGUGGAGCUCAACCAGGGCAUGCUGGCCAGUGUUCGCAAGUGGAGAGGACCAAGAGGGCUGUGGAAGAGCACUGUGUCUGAAAAACCCACCGGACAGACCGACAAGGGAUACAGCUAUUCAGGCUUCCUGUGGGACAGCUCCUCCGGGAUCGACCUGAAAGAUUCUGCCGUCCUGGAAAGUCCCGCCGCCAAUGGCAACGGGAAGCAUGUCUAUCCCCAGCAGUAUCUGGCUCACUUCCUCAUCGGUUCAUCUGACCUGACCAUCGUAAACGUCCACAUGAGAGCGUCCGCAGCCCAGCCAGGAGAGCCCAACGGCAAAAGCCAGAGCCACGAUGAGCCUGGGAGCAGACACAUGUCCGCCAGCAUUCAGGAUACCCUCAAAGGGGUGAAGGAUGUGCUGGUGCUGGGGGACUUUGGCCUGCCUCCCCAGAGCGCUGAGCUGGAGAUGCUGCGCAGGGAGAAGCUGAGCGCCCUGGUGCCAGGCUCUCAAUUCACCAACAUCAGCACACGCUCUCCACAGGGCUCCCACUGCCUGGACAACAUCUGGGUCAGCCGCUCACUCAAGAAGAUCUACUCAGGCCAUUGCACAGUGGUGCGGGAAGGCCUGACCAACCCCUGGAUCCCUGACAACUGGUCGUGGGGAGGCGUAGCGUCGGACCACUGCCCUGUAGUGGCUGAGUUCUUCGUGGACAUCACUCCCAAAGAGCUGAGCAAGAACAGGGUGGCGGUGGUGGAGCGAGGCGAGGCCAUGCCCAAACACGAGCGGUGACCAACCUCACGGUCACCAUAGAGACAGUCGGGAGUGUGGCAAGGGAGAUUGCACGGUGAUUUCAUAAUGACUUUGCCCUGGAUCCUGUUUUGGGUUGGUUUGCAGUGGAGCAAAGGGUUACCUGAAUCUGGAAAGCACCAAGAUUGCCUUUUUAAGUUUCCUGUUAUCAGUGUAUGUUGGUCUUUGUAGAUCCAUGGUGUAGAAUUCUUUUUUGUAAAUUAAGAGAUAUAUGUGAUAUAGAUAUGGUAACUGUGUCACAAUAUUUUAUAAAUAUAGAUGAAUUAAAAUGAAAUUGGUAGACAUUU